CUGCUCAUACAGGUCGGACCAGCUUGUGACAUCUGGGCGUGAGAGGACCAUGCGUGCCCGAGCUGUGGAGUUUGCCUUGUUUUAGUGCCUGGCUCCACCGAACGUAUUUGAAGGAGGACAGAAGCUCACAGACUCGGAUAUAAGUAUUUCAGGUCUGAUGCUUCCUGCCGUCACAAUGGAAACGGAGGCCAGUCACAUGCUGGAGGCUGCAUUGGAGCAGAUGGACGACAUCAUUGCAGGAACAAGGGCAGCAGCGAUGGAGUUUUCCAGCACCGUGUACGAUCUGGGUUCUCCUGUCAGCGCCGGUCCACUGCAGGUCGUCCAGUUAGCCGAGGAGCUCAAACUUGCUCUGGAGGUUCAGCCCAAUCAGGAGGAGAGAGACAAUCUCAGAGCUCAGCUGCCUCCAGAAACGGCACAGGCUCUCAUCGAUUGGCUGCAGACUGGAAUUGUGAGCCUCUGUACUCCAGCCAACAAUGAAACCUAUCAGGAACGACUACUUCGACUAGAAGGAGACAAGGAAUCUCUGGUGCUGCAGGUAAGCGUUUUGACGGACCAAGUUGAGGCUCAGGGAGAGAAAAUCAGAGACUUGGAAACUUCUUUGGAAGAGCAUCGACAGAAAUUGGCUUCCACAGAGGAGAUGCUGCAGCAGGAGCUGAGGAGCAGGACUUCUCUGGAGACCCAGAAACUGGAUCUAAUGGAUGAAGUGUCCUACCUGAAGCUGAAGCUGGUCACCAUGGAGGAAACACGAACGAACACAAACCCUCAGGAUGCUGCAAAUGCAAAGAACAACAAAGCUGAGUGUGUGGUAAAUCUCAUCAGUGAGCUCCAGGAGCAGAUGUGCAAGUUUCAGGAGGAGAUCAGCACUCGCAUCCAGGAGAAACGGGCACUUGAGGAGAAGGAAGCCCGACAGGGGGACCCAAGUGGCAGCCCAGUUCAGAGCACCGAUCCUAAUGCUGGAUCAAACCUGAGCUCUGCUUCCCUGAAACACAGUGGAGAAAGACAGACUGUGCAUGAUUUGCUUCAAGAAGUCAAGCAGCUGACAAGCAAAGUGCAGGAGCUGGAGGGAGAAAAGAGCCAGUAUGAGAGGAAACUCAGGGCCACCAAGUCGCUCAUGACCCAGCUGUCCAGCCUCAAGCUGACUGUGGAGCACACACAGCUGGAGAAGCAGCACUGGGAGGAGCGCUGGCGCAGCGCACAGGCAGAAAUCUCAGAGCUGCAGCAGCUUUUGCUCUCUAAAGACACAGAGAUCGAGUGCUUGCAGACCCAGCUGCUGGCCAGAGGCGGCACCGCCAACAACAACGCAGAGAGAGACCAAGAAUACCAGAGGCUGAAGGUGGGGAUGGAGUCUUUGUUGGCCUCAAAUGAUGAAAAGGAUCGUCGUAUAGAGGAGCUGACUAUCCUGCUUGGUCAAUAUAGAAAAAUGAGGGAAAUUAUGUCACUUACACAUGGAAGUAGUGAAGAGGAGCUCAGUGGCAGCUUGAAGUUAAAAGCUAUCACACACAAAGCUCAUUCUGAUGUCAUCAGAUCAGAGAUGUCAUCAAGAGGAUCUUCUCCACUCAUGCUGUGUUCAUCUCCCUUUCAGAGAGAACUUGAUUCAAGUUUCCAGAACUCUAUAGACACUUCGUUGGUGACUACUGGUGAUGCAAGUUUCUUAAAUGGAUCAUUGCAUCGACACAGAUUACUCUCCAGCAGUCUCGAAGAGUUGCAAAGUGGAUGUUUUCAAAAGGCUGGAGUGAUCCAGCCAGCUGAAACUGAAUCAGGCGUAGGGGCAGAGAGUCCACAAAUGGAGCCGAGCAAGUACCAAACUCUGCCAGGAAAACUGAGUAAAAAGAAAGAACCCAAGGAUGAGCUAAACAGCACCAGAGGCAGAGACACAGAGUAUUUAUCUCCUGUCCAGCUCUCCCCUGCCCACAACCACAGCAAAGACUACACCCUGGACCACGCAGGGAAACUGGAAGAGUAUAUUCUCUCAGACCAGUCCCCGCUGUCCUCUGGAAUGGACUCAGGACAACAGUCACCUGUCUCACCUGAGAAAAGGAAGAGUCACAGAGGCAUUAAGAAAUUCUGGGGAAGAAUUCGUCGCAGUCAGUCGGGCAGCCCAGUUCAGGUUCACGAUCCAGAGAUGGGAGACUUCAAGAGGGGAGGCUUCCGAGCUACAGCUGGUCCGAUACUGGCCCGUUCAGGGAAAGCACGAGACCUCAAGUUGCCAUUUUCUAAGUGGAGCACGGAGCAGGUUUGCGACUGGCUCGAGGACAUCGGACUUGGUCAGUAUGGCCUUCUCGCUCACCAGUGGGUCACCAGUGGUCACACUCUGCUGGCGGCCACCCCACACGACCUAGAGAAGGAGCUAGCGAUGAAGAAUCCACUCCACAGGAAGAAGCUCCAGCUGUCCUUAAAGAGCAUCUGUAGCAAACAGCCAGAAAAAUCUGCAGAGCUCGAUUAUGUUUGGGUCACUCGUUGGCUUGACGACAUCGGCCUCCCUCAGUACAAAGAUCAGUUUAAUGAUGGGAGAGUGGAUGGACAGAUGCUGCAGUACCUCACUGUGAAUGAUCUGUUGUUUCUCAAAGUCACCAGCCAGCUGCAUCAUCUCAGCAUCAAGUGUGCCAUUCAUGUUCUUCAUGUCAACAAAUUUAACCCUAACUGCCUUAAACGCAGACCUGGGAAUGAGAAUGAGUUCAGCCCCAGCGAAGUGGUGCAGUGGUCCAACCACCGGGUCAUGGAGUGGCUGAGAUCUGUGGACCUGGCAGAAUACGCUCCCAACCUGAGGGGCAGCGGCGUACACGGAGGGCUAAUAAUGUUGGAACCUCGGUUUAACUCCGACACAAUGGCCAUGCUGUUGAACAUCUCUCCUCAAAAAACACUGCUGAGGCGCCACUUAAACACCAAUUUCAAUAACCUGGUGGGAGUACAGGCUCAGCAGGAGAAGAGGGAGUACAUUGAAGCAGCAGGAUAUUCCCCACUCAGCAUCACAGCUAAAGUCAAGCCAAAGAAGUUGGGCUUUUCUCACUUGACAAACCUGAGGAGGAGACGGCAGGACGAGUCCACAGACUACGUCUGUCCCAUAGAGGCUUCGUCACCCGAGUCAGGACAGUCUGUGGCCAACGGGGUGCAGAUGUGUCCAUACGCCGGCUUUAGAGGUCUGAGUCCCAUUCUGGACCGAGAACCCGCCCGGGACCAGAUGGUGAGAGCAGAGAGCACCAUUUUACAAAUAGAAGCUUUGUCUGAAAGCAUCAACAACCUCACAUACCUGCUGAGCCAGGACGAGCUGCGGAAGGAGCUGAGGCGUUCACAAACAGCGCUGGUGUGAGGGACGGCUGCUCCGGCGCCAUCGGCUUACUAGACCUGCAGCCAGCUCAGCCCCCGUGGGCCUAACACUGCGGCGUGGAGCCAGUCCCACUCACUUCCUGUAACCACUGCUACCUCACGCAACACCUGCAGUCCUUCUGUGGACACAGAGGAACUGGAAACACAAGCUGACUCAAACACUUUGGAUGACAGUGAAGAGUCAUGGCUUCUCACAGACAUUUAAAAGAUUUUUAACUCCUUUCCGAUUUUGACUAUGCAAUGCAGUCGUUAUUAAUAUGUAUAUAUUGUGUUAUUUAUACUGACCACUGUGAUGUGUACAUUAAAGAGUAAUCUGUUGAAAUUAAGAUAGAUCAUGAAGACAAAAAGCAGAUUUCAAUUAAAACAAAGACUCAAAGCCUAAAACUGCCCAAAAUAAACAUCAAUUUAUUGAAAUUCGACUAUACAUCUUGCUUUUGUUCUAAUGACCACAAACAGACUUUUCUGAACAUUUUAGCACCAUCUGCAAAUGAGGAGUUUAUCUUAAGACGUUGCUCCGUAUUCACCAGUUACAGCUUGAUGCAACUUGCUGCAACAAAGUGGAACGCCCUUCAUAAGUGCUUUAAUUAGCCACAUCCCUAAAAUGCCUCUGUUGGAUUAAAUCUGGUGGCAGCAGACUCAUAAAAUAUCCCUGAGGACAGCUACACUAAAGGGGAAGACAAUACUUGUGUUUAAACAACGUUUAAUUGGUGCAAAGGGCCUGAAAGUGUGCAAAGAAAUGAUCCCCACACCACCAUCAGCCCAAACCUUUGAUACAAAACAGGAUGGACACAUGCUUCCAAGAUGUUUACUCCAUAUUUUGACCUGAAGGUUGCAGAUGAUCUUGAGUCAUUGAACUAGACAAAAUUUUACCAUUCCGUUGUCUAUCAUUUGUGGAUCUGUGCAAACUCUUCUGCCUUUGUGCUUCUGUGAAAAAACAAACGGGAAUUGAAGAUAAGGUGAUGUGCUGUUUGUAGCUAUUGCCUUAUCCUAGAACCAUGGAUAAAAAUCAGGGCACAGCAGUGGAGGGGUAACGAUUUGAGCUCAAUUGCAGCCGCAUAAAUUCAGUCAAUCUGAAGCUCAAAGGUCCAGAGAAGAGCUGAAAACCAAAGGAAUCGAGUUAGUAUGAGUCCAUGUGAAUGUUACAGAACUAUUGAUAUAGGCCACCUUUUAACGAUUAAGAUCUUAUUGAGGGUGAAGUACUAAGAAAAAAAAGCCAAAAAUGGCAGAAAAGUUAUAGACAACCUCAGCAAAUAAGAAUUCCUCUAUGCUUAGAAAUGGGAGAGUCUCAGCUCACCUGCAUUUAGAGGAAAACUGGUGUUCCGACCUAAAUGUAUUCAGUUGUGUUUCCUUUAAAUGGGACUGCUAAGCAUUUUGUUUGCUGAUCAAAACCUUCUAAUGCCGAUGGCAGUUAACUUGUAACAAGAAUCUUUUGUUGACUCGCCAAGCUGCAAACACCACACCCAAGCUGCCAGAGUUUCAACUCUUCCUCCCAUGAAUCGUCUGUAUUCGUCUAAAACUUGAGCACCUAAGAUCAUCCCUGCGCCUGAGCUUUGCAUUAAA